CUUAUGAAUAACAUCGGAAGUAGAGAUUAUCACAUGACCGAUGAUGUCUGCUAGCAGAUGAUCAGACGCGAAACAGAUCCUUAAAACAGAGACUUAAAAACUGUACAAAAACAUAUAUUUUAAUCGCUGUCGUGAGUGCUACUGAUUGGCAGAAAAAUGGCUACUACUGAAAAACUGGAUCAUAUCGAAGACCUGGAGAAAGGAGCACAGGUUGCAACCAGUCUCCUUCAACAAAGAGCCAAUGAUGUUAGAUCUAACACAGUCAACUGGAAGUCAUAUCUCCAGGGACAGAUGAUCUCAAAUGAGGUGUACACCUUUAUUUCCAACUUUGACAAAGCCAGUCCUGAAGAGAGAGCAUCUCUUAUUUCUCCAAACCCCAUGCAGUUUGCUUCUAUCUUCCGCAAUUUAAUUGAGAAGAUUGCCAAAGAUCAAACUCUGCAGUAUAUCUUGACCAUGCUGGAUGAUGCAUUGCAGGAGGACAAAACUAGAGUAGAUAUUUUCAAGGAAUUUGCUAAACGUCACAAGGAGUCUGUGUGGCAGCCAUUUUUCCAUCUGCUUGACCGCAGUGACAAGUUCAUUGUUUACCAGGCAAGUCGCAUCAUUGCCAAGAUAGCCUGCUGGAGCAAAGAGCCAAUGGAGAAACGAAGCCUGCAGAGCUACCUGAUAUGGCUUAAAGAUCAGCUCAGACAGCCAAAUAACGAGUAUCUGCAGACUGCAGCACGGUGCUUGCAGAUGAUGCUGAGGGUUGAUGCAUAUCGACAGGUCUUUGUUGAUGUGGAAGGCAUUUCAGCAAUCACAUCAGUUUUGGCAGGUUCCAAGGUUGGCUUUCAAAUACAGUACCAGCUCAUCUUCUGCCUGUGGUGUCUCUCCUUCAAUGUUUCUCUUGUCGAACGCAUGAACAAAUUUAAUAUCAUCCCCAUCUUGGCUGAUAUUCUGAGCGAGAGUGUGAAGGAGAAAGUAACUCGAAUCAUCCUGGCUACUUUCAGAAAUAUGUUAGAGAAGCCUGAGGACCGCGAGGUGGUGCAAGAGCAUGCACUGGCCAUGGUGCAGUGCAAGGUUGUCAAACAACUAGAGCUGCUAGAGGGUCGCCGCCUCGAUGACCCAGACAUUGUAGAAGACCUCACAUAUCUGAACGAAAAGCUUGCAUCUUCUGUGCAGGAUCUAAGCUCAUUUGAUGAGUACACAAAUGAAGUCAAAUCUGGACGACUGGAGUGGAGCCCAGUACACAAGUCAGACAGGUUCUGGCGGGAAAAUGCCAUCCGCCUGAACGAGAAGAAUUACGAGCUACUCAAAAUCCUGGUACGCCUUCUGGAGACAAGCAGAGAUGCCCUCAUUCUGUCUGUCGCAGCCCAUGAUAUUGGAGAAUAUGUUCGCUACUAUCCACAUGGAAAGCAUGUUGUUGAACAGCUUGGAGCUAAGCAGCUAGUCAUGCAAUACCUUACACAUGAGGAUCCCAAUGUUCGUUAUGAAGCUCUUCUAGCUGUACAGAAGUUGAUGGUACACAAUUGGGAGUAUCUUGGAAGACAACUAGAAGUCAAAGAGCUGAAGCCAAAAGGAUUUGGGGUCAAUUGAUGAACCACUCUAGCCAGACAUCAGAUAGAUUCUUUUGUUUCAUAGAACUAAAUGGGCAUGUAGAUCGUGUGAAAGUGAUGUAUGAUGUAAAGGGUGGCAUUGACAGCAAUUUGCAUUGACCACAUUCAGAAGACACCAUUGGAUGUAGAUUUUGACAGUAAUAGACAAAUAAUGCUUGGAAUGCCCUCGCACCGUCUUUCAAAUAUGACAUAGUUUAGAGUCAGAAACGGGGAGUAUUUGGGGGUUUGAUAAUAUGUGUAUGGAUUGCCACGUUUUUGUAGGCAGGCUUGUACAUCUUUAGUCUUCGGAGUGAUACUGUCAUUUAUGUGUCAGGUUGUUCAAAGGAAACAUGACUAUUUUUAGUAACUUUACAAGUGGUAUGGGGACCAAAAUAUGUUUUUUAGCUAUGUUAUAUUUUCUCAUCUUUGUUUUUGCAGUUAAAGAUGCAAAGCAAGUUAACAAAUUCGAGUAUUCGAAAAAAAAUUGAGUCAAUCUUUCAUGAAAGCAGUGCUGCACCCUUUUUUUCAUAUUAGUGUACCACUUGUUUGGAUCAGUGAUUUGUUGGAAUGAAAGCCCACUUAUUUCAAAUGGAGAAUGCCCAGUAAGAGUUCUUUGCUAGGAGUCCGCCUGUUGCAUGAGAAUACAGUCUGAGUGUUGUGUUUGGUGAUGGAUAUCAGUUGCAACGUAUCCAAGAAAGUAUAAGUAAUUAGAGACUGAACUGUGUCAAUAGUCUGGUGAAUAGCCCAGCUCUAGAAGUCCUGCAGACUUAAUGCGAACAUUAUGUUUGGGUAAACAAACUUAGAAUUGUACAUAAAUUAUAUAACAUGGCAUUUGGCAUACAUUCCGCUGUCAGCUGUGGAGUGAGAUAAAUGAAUAAAGGGGAAAUAGAACUUUUGUCUUAUUUUUAACAUACCUGUAUAAUUGGAAUUGACUUAUUAUUUCUGAGUGCUUAUGCAUAUAUUUUUAGUCUUGACCUAGAUGGCAGGCCCUGUUUUCCACAUUAAGAAUUAUUGAAACUAUAUGAAUCAGUGUUGUUCGUUUUAAUCCCUUUAAGUCAGGUGUGCACAGAAUUUUUAUUUAUUUUUUUUUUUGCUGCAAUGGUGUAAACGUGAUUUAUAGAAUGUGGUCUUGUGGGGCUGAUGUAGUUAUCAAUGCUGAAAGGUGUUUUGUGGAAGUCUUGGUGUUUUACUGGUCACCUUUAUGUUGAUCUUAUUUCUGCAGUUUUUAUGCUGUUAGAACUUCAAGUCUUAGCACAACAAAGAUGGAAUGGAAAAGAUGAAGUUUGCGUUUCAUAAUCAAAAUUGUUUAGAGUGUCUUGGUUCCCCUGUAGACAGAAGAAUGAUGGGAGGUAGACUAUUCGCCCUUGAUGAACAAAAUUUGUUUGCAACCUUUUCGAUGCACAACUCCAUCAACCCCACACCUAUAACCUGGAUUGUUUGAAACCCAUUUGUGAUAUCUGUAAAUUGUAGAAAUGUAUCUCCAGCUGUUCUGGCUGUGUAAAGUCUUAUAUUAUGUCAUUGUGAUAUAGUCCUUUUCAAACAAGACUAGUGUGGUGUUGAUAUCUAUCCCAUGACUGUUGGUAUGUACAGCGCUAGUCUUUUACAAGAUUGCCAGAACCACAUAUGAAAUAAAGGAACUGAAUGUAA